AAAAGAACUAUGUUGUUUUUUAGAUAGGAUACGAUAGUUACUGAGAAUUAUGUCGUUGUCCAUGGUGCUGAAUUUAAAUGAUAAGCGAAAAAUCAGUGUCUUUUGUCGUAAGGAUCGGGCAAAAAUAUUGGUUCGUUUACUGUCAUUGCGCAUCAUAAAGGAUGGAAAUCACUUUUAAUGGCAUUUAGCGUGGGUUCGUAUAACAGUUUAUCUGGAUCUUUUUAUUAUUAUUUUUUCCUCAAAAGGGAAACUAUUCUUAACCCUUCGAAUAGCUGCUUUUUCUUUUAAUGAAAAUGUACCUCUUAUCAAAGAUUUUUUUUUUUCCAGUCACGAAAGUAGUUAUUUCAAACAGCCACAUGAGGACGUCCUAGACCGUCACAUGAUGUCUGUUGUUUAUUUCAGGCCCCUCCCAAAUUCAUAGGAUGAUAUUUCCUCAGUGCUUUGUUACAAAGAGUCACAAGUAGACGGAAACCCUUUUGCUCAUUCCCCUUCCCAAAGCUCUCUGUUUUGAUACCUUAAGACGAACAUGAACUAUCCAAAAUAUUAAAUGGAGAUUACAGUCCACAUGAUCAUUUCCAGAACUGGAUAGAAAUAUGCCAACGGGACGGUUACGCGGACCUUUUAGGAUCUAUUUGCUCUUUGUCAUUUUGGAAUGCUGCUGGAAACUGGGAUAUGGACAGCUCUCUUACUCUGUAUCUGAGGAGGUAAAUCCGGGUACGUCUGUGGGAAAUCUCGCAAGAGAUUUAAAUCUUAAAAUACUUGACUUGGAGGCACGCACGUUUCAGAUUGUCAGCGGACCGAAGAGAAAAUAUUUCGACAUAAAUCUGAAAACGGGCAGCCUUUAUGUCACGGAAAGAAUCGACCGAGAGGAGCUUUGUGCAAAAGCUGAGAAAUGUGUUGUUAAUGUGGAGGCUGUUGUUAACAGUCCGCUAAAGCUGUAUCGAUUGGCGAUAAACAUUAUUGAUAUAAAUGAUAAUGCGCCAUAUUUUUCUGAAACGCUGCAGUCUCUCAAUAUAGCAGAGAGUACAGCACCAGGUGGGAAAUUUGGAUUUGUGGGCGCAUCAGACCUUGACGUCGGAAAGAACAGCGUUAGCACAUACAAGCUAAGUCGAAAUGAUUAUUUCUCCUUAGAGAUCCACAAAGGUGAAGACAGUGUGUCGGCCGAGCUUGUGCUUCUGAAAGCUCUGGACCGAGAACAACAGCCGGCCAUCAAACUUACUGUGACCGCUGUGGAUGGUGGAAAUCCACCAAAGUCAGGAACAGCAAACAUUAUUGUCAGUAUUUUAGAUAUCAAUGACAACUCUCCAGUUUUCAGUAGUUCCUUGUAUAAGACGAGAAUAUCUGAGAACGUAUCAGUAGGAACAACAGUCGCCAAUCUAAACGCAACAGAUGCAGACGAGGGUUUAAAUAGUGAAAUAGAGUACUCUUUGAGAAAGAAAGGACAGGAUCGAGUUUUGGAUUUAUUCGAGAUUGACCCUAAAACAGGUGCGCUUCUUGUGAAAGGUAAUAUCGACUAUGAAGAAAACCCCGCCUUUGAGAUUCAUGCUCAGGCAAGUGACAAAGGUCAACCUCCAAUGUCUGCUCACUGUAAAGUGCUGGUAGAAGUGGUGGACUUGAAUGAUAACGCCCCUGAGAUCACCGUAACAUCGCUGCAAAGCAAAGUGAAAGAGGACGCACAAGUAGGCACAGCUGUUGCUCUUGUUUCUGUGCUGGAUAAAGACGACGGGGAAAACGGGAAAGUAAAAGCUCUUAUUGUAAAUAAAACCCCGUUUAAAUUGGAAACGAAUUACAAAAAUUCUUACUCAUUAGUAGUUAAUGAACCAUUAAAUAGAGAGAUUCAUGCUGAAUACAACAUAACUAUAGUCGCAAACGAUGGAGGAUCUCCAUCUCUCUCCAGCACAAACACUGUUAAUAUUCAAGUAUCUGAUGUCAAUGACAAUCCACCACGAUUUUCUGAACCACUAAUAAAUAUUUUCGUGACAGAGAAUAGCCCGGUGGGGACAGUUAUCAAAAGUGUAUCGGCAAUUGAUGCUGAUAUUGAUAAUAAUGGUAAGGUGAGCUACUCUCUUUUACAAACUAGUACUGAUCGGCUGAGUUCAUCUAAACUUGUUAAUAUUAAUUCAGAGACCGGAGAUAUAAUCAGUCUGCAGUCUUUUAACUUUGAGGAGUUAAAAACGUUUCAGUUUAAAGUUCAGGCUACAGACUCUGGUGUUCCUCCGCUCAGCAAGGAAGUGGACCGUGGAAGCUUUGUUGGAAAUAUUGCCAAAGAUCUCAACAUAAACAUCCAGGAGCUGGAAUCCCGCAUGUUUCAGAUCGUUGCGGGAUCGAAGAGGAAAUAUUUCGAGGUAAAUCUAAGGACCGGUGCUCUGUACGUUAACGAGAGAAUAGAUCGGGAGGAACUCUGCGGUGAUGAAGAUAAAUGUUCACUAAAUGUCGAAGGAGUCAUUAAUAAUCCACUUAAACUGUACCGCUUUGAAAUUACAAUCCUGGAUGUGAAUGAUAAUUCUCCGUCGUUUCCAAAUACGUUGCUAUCAAUGAAUGUCAGUGAAAACACGGCGACGGGGGCAAAAUUCCCAAUGAAUCCUGCUGAAGAUUUAGACGUUGGUAAGAACGCGGUUAAUGCUUACAAGCUCAGUCAAAAUAACUAUUUUUCUCUCGUCACACAUAAAGGAGAAAGUGUCACUCCUGAAAUCGUGCUACAGAAAGCCUUGGAUAGAGAAAAACAAGCUGUGAUUCAGCUAAUACUAAUUGCCGUUGAUGGAGGAACGCCAGCCAAAUCAGGCAGUAUGAUCAUAACAGUGAAUGUUUUGGACAACAAUGACAACGCGCCAGUAUUCACGCAAAAUCUGUACAAAGCUAGAGUGUACGAAAAUGCUGAAAUAGGCACGUCGAUAAUAACAGUGAAUGCAACUGAUUUGGAUGCAGGACAAAAUGGAGAGGUUGUUUAUUCUUUCAGUGGAAUGGGUCGUGGGAAACAAACAAACGUGUUUGAAAUAGAUAAAAUGACAGGAACAGUAACAAACAAGAAGAAUAUUGACUUCGAAGAGAACACUGCUUUCGAGAUUCGAGUGCAAGCCAGUGACAGCGGCACGUCACCGCUCACGUCACAUGCUAAAUUACUGAUUGAAGUUUUAGAUGUGAACGACAACGCUCCUGAAAUUACGGUCACCUCCCUGUUAAAUACGGUGAAAGAGGAUGCGCCCAUCGGCACCGCGAUUGCUCUUGUCUCGGUAUUUGACAGAGACAGUAGUAAAAAUGCAAUGGUUAACUGUGGAAUCUCUAAUAAUGUCCCUUUCAAAUUAGAGUCAAAUUAUAAGAAUUAUUAUUCUUUAGUUGUGGGAGGACGUUUGGACAGAGAAAACGCGCCUCAUUACAAUAUCAGCAUCACUGCUACAGAUGAGGGCAACCCACCUCUCUCCAGCAACAGCCUGAUUUUUCUACACGUGUCUGAUUUCUCUUACUCCAUAUCGGAAGAGGUAAAUCCGGGAACCUCAGUGGGAAAUAUCGCCAAAGAUCUAAACCUCGGCGUGCACGAGUUGGAAGCUCGCAUGUUUCAAAUUGUUAAUGGAGCAAAGAAAAAGCACUUCGAGAGAACGCUCCAGUAG